UCUGAUCUUUCAGGAUGUUGUCGGUAAGUCCCUAGCCCAGAUCGGCUCAUAUGGUCAGCUGGAUAACAAACAACAAAAAGUCGCCCUAAUCGAUNCCAAUGCAUUGGAUACUUCUGAUUUGGGUUUUGCUAAACGUCCUGAUAAUCAACCUCGGCAUGUGCCCUCUGUUAAUGAUGUUGUCGGUAAGUCCCUAGCCCAGAUCGGCUCUUAUGGUCAACUUGAUAACAAACAGCAAAAAGUCGCCCUAAUCGAUGAUGACCUAUGCAUAAACUGUGGUAAGUGCUAUAUGACUUGCAAUGACAGUGGAUAUCAAGCCAUCACGUUUGACAAAGAGACACACCGUGCGUUUGUUACUGACGACUGUACUGGAUGUACCCUCUGUUACAGGUGA